AAACUAAGGUGAACGACGUUAGAAACAGACAUCUGUGUAAAUUAAAUUCAUAAAAUAAUAAUACAUGUAAAGAAAUUGUUACGAAAAAUUAUCGCUUUAUUUUGUUUAUUUAAAAAUAUUUUUAUGUACUAAUUAGUCAAGUCACUCUGUAUAUAGCAGAAACACAACAAACUUAACUCAAUUUUCGCUCUGUAUAUUUCUUCAGAGAGAAAAUAUAAAAUAAUUUUGACAACUUAAGGGGAAAUUUUCGCAGACGCUUUUAUUGUUUAAUCAAAAUUGUAAAUUUGUUUUAUAAACAUUGAAAGCAUUUUGUAAUCAAUGAAUUCGAGUAUUACAAUUGAACGUAAGCGCGUAGAUUGCAACUCGUUGCCAAAAGGUUGGCAAAGAGAGGAAGUUCUUCGCAAGUCUGGUAUAUCAGCUGGCAAAGUCGACGUCUACUAUUACAGUCGCGUACCACGCACAGAUGCCUCUCUGGUGCCACCUAUACGACAGACCGCAUCGAUUUUCAAACAACCGGUUACUGUAAUUCGGAAUCAUGAGCAUACUAAAGUCCGUAAUGACAACACAAAACAGACAAGCGGCCAAGAAAAACCAAAGCAAAUGUUUUGGGAGAAACGAUUGGAAGGGUUACGUGCAUGCCAUCCUACCGGUGAAGAGUUUGAUGAUAUUGUAUUACCGAAGAGUAUACGCACCAUCGGGCCGAAUGUUAAUGAGCAAACAGUACUACAAUCAUUGGCUACAGCUCUGCAUGUACUUAACGUACCUGUAAUGGGUCAAGCAUCCACAAAGACUGAGAUGAAUAAAAAUGCAACAGCAUUUUUGAAUCCCGAACAACCGCUUAUGCAAGCAGUUUUAGUGUCGGAUGACGACAUACGGCGACAAGAGGAUCGAGUUAAUGUGGCUAGAAAGAAAUUGCAGGAUGCGCUUAAAGCUUGAAUUAACUGUUCCGGAAAGUAAAUCUCGCUCCCACACACAUACAUAAAUAAGUAUAUACUAAAAUAGUUUUAUUAACUUAACGAAGUAGCAUUUUAAGCGGUAUAUCGUAGGUCAUUUAGUGUUUUUAAAUUAGCGCUGACGCGUUCAAAAAAUGUCUUCAUAUAAUCACAGCAUAUAAAGAACUUUAUACAAAUCUAAAUGCUUCCUUUUUUAUGAAACAAUUGGAGUUAGGUGAAUACCAAAAACCUUUUCAAACACUUAUUAUACCAUACAAGAAUAUCACUCAAUACUUUUAAGGAAGUUAAAAAAUUGUACAAAGUUUAAAACUAUUUAUAUGUAUAUCUUAAAAUUUUUUUUUAUUAAACUAAAACUUAAAGUGACUAUAUAUUUGUAACAGUUGGCGGUAGUUAAAUAUUUUCGGUAGAAUGAGCUGGAGGAAGCUUACUAAACAUACUUUAUCAAAGAGUUUUGGUAGGUUCACGCGUAUUUGCUUUUUGGAAGGCAAUCUUUUUCUUGAUAACUUGAUCAUUAAUCCAUAUCAUCGUCUUCCAAUGCUUCAUCAUCUUCAUACUCCAAACCAUCGUAAUAGCGACGGGAAGUCGAAAACUAAAAUAAAAAAAUUGAAUAAUUUGCGAGAAAUUUAUAACAGCACAAAUACCACGCAUAUAAAAUCUUUAAUGAUAUUAAAAAAAUACCUGUUUAUAAACGCCACGCCAAGCGGCAAAUGUGCCCAUAGCCACGACUGCGCCAAUCGCUGCUAAGACUUUGGUUUUCUUUUCAGACUCCAAGAAAUGUCGCUCUGUCGCUGUUAGUAAGGGAUCAUUGGAUGAUUGACUUUUAAUGGCUUUCAGUGAAUUGAAUCCCUCAUUUUUGAAAAUGUCUUUUGUUAUGCGAUUAAUAAAAUUCAAUAAAUUUUGACAGCCUUUUA